UCCCGCCCCCCCGCUGCCCCCGGCCCCUGCACCCCGGCGCGCCCGGUCCCGCUCUGGGGGGGUUGGUGGCUUCGCUUUGCCAUGAGUUUACCGCAGAAACCGGCUCUGAAAUCAGGCUCAGCGGCUGCAGCAGGAACCGGACCCGGCACCGGAGCGGCGGCGGCGGCGGCAGCAGCAGCGGUACCGCCUCCUCACCCGGCGGCAGCAGCAGCGGCGGCGGCGGCGGCGGCGGCGGCGGCAGCGGCCCCUCCUCACCCGAACAUCAGGGCCCUCCAGACCCAGGCGCCCCAACAAAUUCCUAGAGGACCUGCGCAGCAGCCUCUCGAGGAUCGACUCUUCACUCCCGCUGUCCCGGCAGUGUACGGCACGGUAACACAAGUAGCAAGACAACCGGGACCCCCGACCCCUUCCCCUUAUUCAGCACAUGAAAUAAACAAGGGGCAUCCAAAUCUUGCGGCAACGCCCCCGGGACAUGCAUCGUCCCCUGGACUCUCUCAAACCCCAUAUCCCUCUGGACAGAAUGCAGGUCCAACCACAUUGGUAUACCCUCAAGCCCCUCAGACAAUGAAUUCACAACCUCAGACCCGUUCUCCGCCCAGCAGAACAGUGCCAAUACAUUGCACAGACAACUGGAAGAGGAGGAAGGUUUUGGAACAGACUCCCGUUUACAGGUCCUUGGCUGGAAGAGGCUGGAUAAAAUACUGCAUUUUUGCAGCGGGGCCUCGACCUGCCCAUCAUCAGUUUUUUCAGAGGCCUCAGAUACAGCCUCCUAGAGCUACCAUCCCGAACAGCAGUCCUUCCAUUCGUCCUGGUGCACAGACACCCACUGCAGUGUAUCAGGCCAAUCAGCACAUCAUGAUGGUUAACCAUCUGCCCAUGCCGUACCCAGUGCCCCAGGGUCCUCAGUACUGUAUCCCACAGUACCGUCAUAGUGGCCCUCCUUAUGUUGGGCCCCCACAACAAUAUCCAGUUCAACCACCAGGGCCAGGGCCUUUUUACCCUGGACCAGGACCUGGGGACUUCCCCAAUGCUUAUGGAACGCCUUUUUACCCAAGUCAGCCAGUGUAUCAGUCAGCACCAAUCAUAGUGCCUACGCAGCAGCAGCCCCCUCCAGCCAAGAGAGAGAAAAAAACAAUAAGAAUUCGGGAUCCAAACCAGGGAGGGAAAGACAUAACGGAGGAGAUUAUGUCUGGAGGUGGCAGCAGAAAUCCCACUCCACCCAUAGGUAGACCCACUUCCACACCUACUCCUCCUCAGCAGCUGUCCAGCCAGGUCCCUGAGCACAGCCCUCUGGUUUAUGGGCCCGUGGAGAGCGCUCAUCUGGCUGCCAGUACCCCUGUCACUGCAACUAGCGACCAGAAGCAAGAAGAGAAGCCAAAACCAGAUCCAGUGUUAAAGUCUCCUUCCCCAGUCCUUAGGCUCGUCUUUAGUGGAGAGAAGAAAGAACAAGCAGGCCAGACGUCGGAGCCUACUGCGGUAGAAUCUGUGCCAGAGCUUCCUCUGCCUCCAUCACCUACCACUGUUUCUCCACUUGCUCGAAGUACCAUUGCUUCCCCCACCUCUGCUGCUCUUAGUAGCCAGCCAAUAUUCACCACUGCUGUAGAUGACAGGUGUGAACUCUCUUCCUCAAAAGAAGACACAGUUCCUGUACCCAGCCCCACGUCUUGCACAGAGACAUCAGAUCCAUCACCAACAGAUGUAGUUGAUGAUGAUAUAUGCAAGAAAUCUUGUAAUGUAGCACCUAAUGAUACUCCACUGAUUUCUAGUACUAACCUAAUUAAUGAAAUGAAUGGAGUUAGUGAAAAAUUACCAGCCACGGAGAGCAUUGUGGACAUAGUAAAACAAGAGGUGUUGCCAUUGACUCUUGAAUUGGAGAUUCUCGAAAAUGCCCCAGAAGAAGUGAAAGUGGAGUGUGUCCCAGCUCCCAUUACCCCUUCCACAGUUCCUUCCUUUUCUCCAUCUCCUCCAACUCCUCCAGCUCCUCCUCCUCCCACACCAGCCAUUGUUCCUGCUGCUGCCACUAAUGUUAGUAUGGCCGGUGUUCCCACUGCAGUCCCGAGGGUCUUAGAAGAGGACGAAAGUGUAAGAACUUGCCUUAGUGAAGAUGCAAAAGAGAUUCAGAACAAACUAGAGGUAGAAGCAGAUGGGCAAACAGAAGAGAUUGUGGAUUCUCAGAACCUAAGUUCAAGAAAGAGCCCCAGCCCAGAAACAUCAAAUGAAUGCUGAAAUUCGUAGUCCUAUUUCUUCAAUGGUGUGUUUAUGUUUUAGUGCAGCCUGCAAAAGAGUCACUCCAUGGUCAAAAAUGCAAAUGAAAUUUCAAAUAUACAAAAUGCCUCCAAGUAUAUGUCACCUUACAUGCGUUUUUUGUUUUUAGUUUUUUUUGCCUCGUUCAUAUGAGUCAGUUCCUCAGUGGUUAAUUUUGUAGCUUUGGGACUGGAAACCAAUUAAAACAAGCAUACUACUCUGUAGUCCCUAAUCCUGUCUUCUCAAAAUUUUGAAGCCCGAUCAAUCUGUAAGGAACUCGCCUCUUCUUUAAUCUUGUAAUUAGAAAAGUAACAAUCAGAAAGUUUAUAACUAGUUCUGAAAAAUAAAAGUGCCCUCUCUGAUUACC